GGCUCCUGGAUGUAACCUCGAACCAACGAACAGGCAGACCGGCCGCAUGCGAGAGACCGUUUCUGCGAACGCAACAAGCGGUCGUGGCCCGAAAGCUCCCAAUUAUUAUGGAGUCCUGUUUCCUGAUCGAGAGAUUGACGGCGCUUAACUUUUUCCACUUGACGCGGACGUCAUGGGUUUUCUUCACCGGCUCUGGUGGGCUGCCACACCGUGUUUGAAGAAGCCCCUCGAGCGUUUCUACGUUAGUCACUUGAUUUUAAGCUCCAGUUUCGUCAUGAGCUUCGACGAAAGGAAACCUCAGCUUAGCCACCACGCCGACAGGGGCACGAUUGCACCCCGGACCCAUCUCGCGCGAACCCUUUCGCGGAGUGUAUACUGCUAAACACCACAUCCGAGGUGGAAAGCAAUCUUUCAGAGGAAGAAGAAGGUAAACAACCACUUACAUCGCGGCCGGAAUGCUGAUCCUGCUCUCCCCGUUGUUGACCAGGUUGGCGUUCCAAGGGGCCCUCACGAGGAAGAGGACGUCGCGAGGUGUGCCUGCCAGACCGGGCAACCAUGCAUCGAGCGGUUCGACGGGGCGGACUAGCCUUCAAACACCAUGUUAUUUCUUUCCUAUUCGAUUGGGUUCUACAUGGUUUCGUGGUGUUGUGCUGGUCCUGGGGGCCAGAAAAAGGCGGAGGGGGUCGGUAUCCUGCACUUGUGUGCGCCGGCGGCCGUCGCCAACUCGACUCGGGAGAGGAAGGAAUUCGCGAGGCUCGCCCCGAAUGACCCCUUUCAAUUGCAUAUCAUAGGAUUGAAGGAUAUCGGUCGAGUGUGGCAACUCUGGGUAGCUAUGUUACAAAAUUUGGGCCAGUUCCAAACGCGUCAAGGUCUACCGUCUCCAGCGGAGCCCCAUCCGCUGUCCACCUUUAUCACCCGGUGUUCCUGAGCAAGAUUAGAUCUAACAUUUUGGAAAUUAGAGCGUCUCUUUGCUUCUUUUGUUCAGACCCCAUGCAGCUGAAGGAUUUUGGCACCCAUCAUCUCCUCGUCCUGGACGCAAGAUGGUAGCAAAAGCAAUUCAGCUGUGAGGGUGUACAGUGGAAACCCCUGAUAUCGACUGCGAAACUGAACUCAAAAGUCUUGGGAGGGUACACUCCCCC